UGCACCACUGUAAGCCUGACAAGUGCUUGGUUAAUUUAAGUGCAAACUUAGUCAUAGAUAAAGUGCAAGUACAUUACACUAAGAUCUCAAGACAAAACUGAACUCCACAUCUCCAUAAAGGUCUGAUUCGUCCCACUAGGGUUCUCAAGUUAUUGAGAGAGAGAGAGAGACCGAAAAAGGACGGAAUACGGGCAGUCCGUCUGCGUCAUGCCACUUUGCGCUUAGGAAAGUUGCACGGAAGUGCCUGGGCAUCCUUCCCGGUAACAACCUCGGGCGGAAGGAUGAGACUGAGCUACGGAACCACGGUCGUUACGGCUGGCAUCGCUGGCAUCGUGAGCUUCGGUCUGCUGGCUGCAGCAAUCGGGAGCGAGUACUGGUACAUCAUAGUGGUGAACAGACCCAACGAGACUGAUUCAGAAGACCUGAAUUCCCAUUCUGGACUGUGGAGAAUAUACGAAGGCAAGGAUGACAUCUCCUACAACAUCUAUUCAUUCUCUGCAGACACUUCCAAAUACUCGGAAACCGAGAAGCAUCUGCUCGGUCUGCACAGGGUGAUCGUCAUUCUGCUGCCCCUCAGCCUGGUGCUGCUGGUCUUCGGAGGGAUCUUGGGCCUCGUCAGCUCGCUGGCCCGGAGCCGCACCCUGCUCCUAGGGACUGCCGCUUACCUUCUGCUUUGCAGCCUGCUGACGCUCUCGGGGGUCAGCAUCUACGUCAGCUACUCGCAGCAGGCCCUGGCGGAGCUGGAGCGGGAGCUGGGCCCGGAGGAGCUGGCCCACGUGGGCGUGUCCUUCGGCUGGUCGCUGGUUCUCGCCUGCCUCUCCUUCUGCCUGGAGGUGCUGGCUGGCGUCCUGCUGCUCCUGGCUGCCAGACUGGCUCUGCUGCAGCGGGGGCCCGAUUUCACCGCCGGCUUGGCCUGGGCUGGGGCCCCGGGCCCCGAACAGCCCCCCUGCCUCUCCUACCUGCCACAGCCCAGCCUCUCUGUCAUGGAGUAGCCCCCCUACAGCUCCCCACCCACCAUAGGUUGCGUCCAAAUCCCAGCCAUUAUUUCAAUGAAGCUCAAGAGAGAAGUCAGACGCUUGCAUCUAAACGGGCAGCUUCUUCCAGCUUCAGCAUCAGCGUUUACGCGGGAAAGGCUGAGCCUGUGGACCACAUCUGUAAUUAUCAACUUAUUUUCAUGCUCCAUGUAUCAAUAAUAUAGACGGUAACACUUUCUAUGAAUGCCAUGUCUGUGAGGAUGCAUGAACACAAGUAUCUACAGUGUGAGCUUUAAGUAAAGUGUGUCACCUUCACAAGCGGCAUUGGGACAGGUGGCACUAGUGGCUGGGACAGAAGCAGCUCUGGUGUUUGUUGGGACGUUCCUGGGCAGAACGGCUCUCUGCAGUGAGGGUGGAGACGCAUGGGACACCAUGGCCCCUCCAGAGCAGCCGACGCCCCCAUAACGGACCUUCUCGGCCAUGUGAAACCCACCCCCCCGUCCUCACACAAGCUUGCCUCUCUGAAUUGCGCAUCGCAAAUUAGCCCCAAACACGGUAAAUAUACCUGCAUCGUGUGCUUUUGUAUCCGGCUAGAUUGUCGCAUUUUAUUUUGCCAUUAAUUUGUUUACUCUGCAGACGUUGUGUGCAGCCCUGUCAUACAGCAAUUAAUGCGUAAUUUGUUCCUGGCAGAGAACUGGCACAGAAUUCAGCCGCAUCAUCUAAUGUGAAUGGAUUCACAAAUCAAGGACCGCUACUGGCUUUAAUUCACUGAAAUUUUAUCACAAAAUUGCAGACAUCCGUUUGCCUGUGAUUUGGACGGUUGGAUUUCAUUGUGAGCAAACGUCAGACUUGGCUGAAGAGAAUCGUGCGGCUUUACCUUGGAGAACUCGCAAAAACCCACAGAAAAUUUUGAUUUUUAUGCCUUACUGAUUUCAUUGUUUCUUUAUAUUUGGCAGGAUGCCUGAAUGUGGUCACCUGAUAUGCGCAAAAUGUGUUUCUAAAUGGAUGCCUGAAGAUGUAAACGAUGUUGUGUUCAGUGGCUUUGCUGCAGCCUGCACUGAGGGUUCAUUGUCCUUUAUCCUACACCUGAUGUAAAGUAACCCUCUGAUUGAUUCAUUUUCUCCAUUCUCUGAACUUCACCUGUGGAGACGUCCAGAAUAAAA